UCCACCCCCUCGACCCCCUCACCUAAAAUGUCCCUCACCCAAGCGCUCAAAGAGCGUAUCCGCCGGCCCAGCCUUUGGUCAAGGAUCACAACACCGGAGGCCGUCGUCCCUCUCUUCAAGAAUGGGAUGUCUGUAGGCUGGUCCGGAUUCACCGGUGUCGGCUACCCCAAGCGCACUCCUAUCGCCCUCGCAGAGCAUGUCGAGGCAAAGGGCCUGCAGGGACAGCUUAAGUUCGACCUCUACGUUGGGGCGAGCAGUGGGGCUGAGACGGAGAACCGAUGGGCCAAAAACGACAUGAUCGACAGGCGGUACCCCCAUCAGGUCGGAAAGGACAUUGCCAAGGGAAUCAACGAGGGCCGUAUCCGGUUCGCGGACAAACACUUGUCUAUGUUCCCACAGGAUCUCUCGUACGGUUUCUACACCAAGGACAAGCCCGGUAACAAGCUCGAUAUCGUCAACGUCGAGGCUACCGCUAUCACCGAGGAUGGGCAUAUCGUCCCCGGUGCGUCGGUCGGUGCGACCCCCGAGAUGGUGCAAAUGGCAGACAAGAUCAUCGUCGAACUGAACACUGCGCUGCCCUCCUUCGAAGGUCUGCAUGAUAUUACUACGACCACGCUGCCACCGAACCGCAAGCCGUACCUUAUCAUGCGUGCUAGCGACAGGAUCGGCACGACCGCUAUCCCUUGCGACCCGGAGAAGAUCGUCGCGAUCAUCGAGAGCGACCACCCUGAUAACACGGGCGAGAACCAGCCAGAGGAUGAUGUUAGCCGGGCUAUUGCUGGUCACUUGAUCAACUUCUUCCAGGAGGAGUUGGACGCUGGCAGGCUCCCGAAGAGUCUCCUUCCUAUCCAGUCUGGAAUCGGGAACAUCGCCAAUGCAGUUAUUGGUGGUCUGGCUGAAGCGCCGUUCGAGAACGUCCAGGUGUGGACUGAGGUGCUCCAGGACACUUUCAUUCAUUUCUUCGAAUCUGGCAAGCUGACAUUCGCGACUGCCACGUCCAUUCGCUUCUCGCCCGAAGCUUUCAGGCACUUCUACGACAACUGGUCCAACUAUUACAACAAGAUCCUCCUUCGUUCUCAGCAGGUUGCCAACUCCCCCGAGAUCAUCCGCCGGCUCGGUGUCAUCGCCAUGAACACACCCCUCGAAGUGGACAUCUACGCGCACGCCAACUCGACCUGCGCGCUCGGUUCCCGCAUGCUGAACGGUCUAGGUGGCUCCGGUGACUUCCUCCGUAACGCAAAGUACAGUAUCAUGCACUUGCCCUCUGCGCGCCCGACUAAGACCGACCCAACGGGUAUCACCGGCAUCGUCCCCUUCUCGUCGCACAUCGAUCACACGGAACACGAUCUCGACGUCAUUGUCACUGAGCAGGGUCUGGCCGAUCUCCGUGGUCUCUGCCCGAGGGACAGGGCUCCGCUUAUCAUCCAGAAGUGUGCCCAUCCCGACUACAGGGACAGCCUCAUGGACUACUACGAGCGCUCGCUGCACGAGUGCCUGAGGGCUGGCAGGGGUCAUGAGCCGCACAUGCUGAGGAACGCAUUCAAGAUGCACUUGAAUCUGAUGGAUAAGGGCUCCAUGAAGGUAGACAAGUGGGAAUAA